UACUAGUACUAGAACUCACUAAUAUUUUGUGACUAACUGUGUAGUUUGGUUUAUGCACUCGGAGUCGUAGCUGUUGUUGCAUCGGAGAAUCACAACCUGCGCGGCAGAAGAGACAGUGACUGCUUCCGCAGCCAUCGCAUGCUCUAGCAGUACCUGUAGUUUUACUAGUUUUACCUGUGUAUCUACAUGAUUGGGUAGACGUCUACCUGUACUGUCCGUAGUCUUUGAUCUCGCCUUGAUCUCUGUCUAGGCUACUCACUCAGACUCAGUGCAGUCGCUGCCCUAGAUAUAGAAUGCUAGAUUUGUCCGUGUAGUGCGACGCUCACCAUCUGGCUAGCAUAAACGGGUUUUGUGUUGGAGAUACAAGCACUAGAUUCGGGCGGAAGUGCCGCCGAAAGAACGCUUCUGUCUGUCCGUGCCACCUGACGCAAGCCAACGCGCGUAACGGAAGCCUUGACCAGCAAAGGCAAAGGCUCCGUACCGUGCUCCGUACUCGCUCGCUCUCCGUAUCUACUGUCCUGUAAGAAUCUCCGGAGAGCCAGUGAUUCAGCAGGCCUGGCCAGGGCAGAGCUGAUUCUCUAUCUCAACUAGCAACAGUAGUACUACUGGCAACACGUUUUCUCUGCGGGGCGAGACGACGUGUCGUGGCCUGAGCGCCAGCGACCGGGUACCGGGUGUCCUCUGUCCCGUCACGCUGUGGAUGUUUGCUGUUGACUCGUGCGGGCGCAGGCGAUGGGAAACAAAUGUUCUGGCUCGGCGAAGAAAAAGCCGGUGAACGGACAGAAUGACGGACCGUCUCUGGAAAAUCAAAUGUACUUCUUUCCGGACAUGAGCAAGGUGCAGGCGGAGGAACACCUCGGCCAGUGCGAGGGUCGCGGCACGUUCCUGGUGCGACGCAGCCAGACCAUCGCCGGUGAGUUCUCCAUAUCGGUGCGCAACGACGAGAUGGUGAAGCACUAUCGCAUCCAGCAGCACGCGGUGCCGCCCUACAAGUACUUCCUGUCCCAGCAGGCCUACUUCGACACGCUGCCCGAACUCAUUAACUUCUAUCAGGAGAACACCGGUACGGGAGGGCUGAGACUGACGACACCCGCCCCCAGGACAGUAGCCGGACACCCGAACUCCUACGUAUGACGUGACUGGUCUGAGGUGGAGCAGUGGUUGAGAGAACCUUGCCCCGCCAUGGCCGCGUUCACCUCCAGGUGAUGGUAAGGUUUCGCUGCCAAUGGAAUGUCUCGCUGUUUUUGUGUGGUGAGUCCGUGCUGUGCGGCGUUAUACUUACGUAAUGCUGCUGUUUGAGUGUGCUGAUCUUGUCCCGUGUGUACUGGUGUGUGUGUGUCCGUCUGUCCAUGUGCAUGCACGCACGUGUGUGUGUUUGCGUGGGUGUGUUUGCGUGUGUGUGGGUUUGUGUGUGUGUGUGUGUGUGUGUGUGUGUGUGUGUGUGUGUGCGUGCACAUGUGUGUGUGUGUGUUUAUGUGUGUGUGUUCGUGUGUGUGUGUGUGUGUGUGUGUACGCGCGCGCGUAUAAUUCUGUUCCACAAUGGUGCACUGUUUAUUGAGUAGCGAACCGACCAACACUAUUCUGUCUAUAUCAUCAUUGCCCACACAUAGAGAAAGAUUGCACACAUGUGAGAUCUAUUUGACAUUGCUUCUAUCUUGGCUUAGCAGCUGGACUGAUUCUAUGGUCUUAGUUUUCUCCCUGAAUCACACAGUGUGUGUACAUGUGUAUAUGCUAACUAGCUAGUGGUAACAUUUUUGUAUGGGUGGCAAAACACCCCGUGCAAGACCUAUCAAAUGAUGACGCAAUGGUAUAAUCUCCGACUAAAGCAUCCCAAAUUAUGAUGCAAUCAACUGUACAAUUUCUGCAUUGAUGCAAAUUUGCACGCUCUUGGGAGUGAUGCAUUGUGAAUAAACAUUAACGUCUGUGAAGGGCAAAGAUGCGGGUUUGUCUCAA